CGAAUAAAAGUAUGUGCGAGCUUCAACUGUUCGAUACCACGCAGUUUUCCCCCGAGAAGCGCAUCUUGUUGGUUGUGCGGCGUCGUUUCUCAGCCUGUAGAAGCUCUUCUUUCAGCAUUUCAGUCAGUAAAUCCAGAAAACCUUCUGCAGCUCAACGAUUUGAUUUGAAACUCAUUGGAUCACGAAAGCAGUACACUGGAGACUGGAACAAGAUUACGAAAUGUUUAGAAUUUGUUCAGAGCCAUGACGAAUUCAGCGCCAGGAGUUGCUGAAAACACUAGUCGGAAGGGUCUUUCGUCGUUUCAGAUCUGCUCUUCCCAACCAGGCUUCAUUGAUCCGCCAAUACAAGACAUCUGCAAAUAUCUAGUAAAAGUCCGCUUUCAACCUCAACAAUCUGUUGCCAUUUAAAUUGUUUGUUUGAGCUUUGUUGCAAAGGAGCAUGUAAAGAGUUGUUAGAGAUCGAAGCGCAUGCAGAACCUACAGCAUGGUAUCGUUAUUGACAGAACUUAUAAGUGUGCACGGUGCAGCGUGUGUCAUUGCAAGUUUGUCCACAUUGAUAUUAGAUGCUAACUAGUACAACCUUAUAGGUAUGCACUAGUUCCGUGAGUUUAACUUCGAUGCCUCUUUCUUUUUUGUGUCUUUUUUGUUAAUGUUUACUUUGAACAUCGUGAGGUAAUCAUGUUUCAGUACCAUUUCCUGAGAUUCCAAUGUUGAUAUUGUCUACUUUUCAAUGAUAUGCAAAUUAUUCCAGUGUCAAGAGUGUCAUGCAGAUUUUUUUGGAUACGUCACCCCAUGGUGUUCCAUCGCCUUCAAUACGAGGAUACUCCAUUUUUCCUAGACUUAUUCAUGUAGCUUUCUUUGAAUGAUUAGAUCCACAAUUUAAUACGCAGUGAAAGAAUUCAAAGUUGUAAUCUCACAACCUGAACCGCUGGAAACAUGUGGAGUGCAUAUGGUAUGCAAGUAAUUGAGAUGUUAUCCCUGUAAGGCUCUUCGUUGUCAAAAAACAGAAAUUCUUAAGGUUCAAUUCUCGUUAUUGUUUGUUCACACAUGUUGGGAUUUGUUCCACCUAAUCAUUUAUUUCUUUUAGGUUGUGCGGAUCCCGCAGUUAGACCAUUCAACAUUGCAGAGAGUGUUGCGGGCUUUACAGAGGUGGUUAAAGUCUGUAUCCUGCCAUGAGACACCGGAACUUGAAGUUGUUCCAGUGUUGGCGAAGGUUUAUGAUACCUUGCUGCAGAAAGAUUACGGAAAAUCAGACGUGUCGAAUUCGUUAUUGGACAUUAUUUUUCUCGUCGAAGAUAUAAGUAAAGUCACUGGAGGUAAGGAGGCAUGUGGAACUUACUUCAUUUCUCGUCUUUUGGCGGUUAUACGAACGAAAUUAGCCUCCGUCAACCUUCGACGAGCGACUGUGGAGACUCUGUGUGUUCUCAUCACAAGAUGUCCUGCAAACCAACGAGCUCUUUUGGAGCAAAGGGCCCACUGCUGCAGGCCAGCAUAGUGGAGAUAUCAUACCGGCUUUCUAGACAAGAUCCUGAGCUUAUUUGCUCUAUAAAAGACGAAACAUAUAAAUGUGCACUUCAAUCGUUACUUAAAGUAAGGCGACCAAAUCUCUUGCCUGAAAUUCGGAACCUCGUGAUGCUGGUGAACAACAACACGAGGCAAUUCCGAAGUGUCUACUCGCUCGAAAGUGAAUGGGUGAAAAUAAACGGUCAAAAUGUUACUACCGCAGAAGAAAGAUGGGUUGACUUUGGGAAAACACACUUCAGCUUUCAUGCUCUAUCUAAGACUGGCUCAGCUCAGGGUGCAGCAGCACCGGACAUGCUCGUGCCUUGUCAGGAGUAUAGUUGCUCUGAAAUCUUCGAUAUACUGUAUAUUGAUGUGGUGGGCGUUAGAGAAUCUACGCCCAAGCAGUUGGAGAUAACCGUCAAUGGGCAAACCAGUUUGCAGACAUCUGUAAAUGAACAAGCGCUGCAAAUCAAACGAACGCUUAUCCAAUUCUCGUUUGCAGAAGAAGACAUUCUUUUACUGGGAAAACACGUCUUGCCCAGGAUUCUUCCAAUGAGGACCAAAGCAGCCAACAUUAAACCCUGUAAGACGUCACAAGAUAUAUCAAAGGGAUGCAUCAUUCGGAAGUCUUCACAGGGCAUUAUCAUUCCUACGCAUGCGAGCAAGGAUGACGUCCGAGCGCAAACUGAACCAAGUGUCCAUUUACCAUGUGUCACCAACUGUAUGAAACCAGCCUCUUGUUCUAACGAAGUUCCACCGAAAAAUGCUUUAGAGGGAGAGAAUGAUGAGCCGAGGGCAAGUAAUCUGCAUCCGGAACAAACUUCUACUGUUGAUUGGGAGACUAGAGUAGACGAAAACCCUACGAAGAAGCUUUCAUCAUGCGCACAGAUAAUUGAGGAAGCUUUAUCAUUAUCAUUGUUCAACAGAAUUUCACCCGACCUGCAAUGCGAAGAUGUAAAAGAAACUAGUGUGGAGCUUGCGACUAACAUCAAAGGGCCGGCUGAAUUUAUAUCAAUGAAUAGUGGCGAUAUACUAUCUGCAGCCGAACUAUUACGAGAAGAAAUUCCCUUUCGUAUCUCACCCUCGAAGAAAGUGAAUGUUCAACUGAAGGGGGCAGGACCGAGUGGCACCUUGGACGUAUGCCAACAUCGUCGCUUGCGGAUGAAACCAAGUUGCAAUCCCCGACAAGGCAGCGAAGUCGGAAAAUUUCAAUCGCAAAACCAGGCUGUACCAGUAGUUCCUCAGAAAGGAGCCUAUUUGCGAAGACGCAAGCGCAACAUCGUUACCAGCACUGUUGAUGUUAAAUACUAUCAAGAAGAGAAAAAGCCAAGAAACCUUGUAAAAAAUAACGGCAAUCAUCAUUCUAGUGGCGGAAGUGGAUCAGAAAUAGGUCUAGAAUGUGAAGAGAAGAAAUCGAAAAGUUUUAGUAGACUGACAAAUAAUCAUCACGAAUCAAACAUUGAGAAGCUUGACGGGAGGGACGCUGUCAGUGUGCAGAAACUUGAUGAAGCUGUCAUAUCGAAUGUGACACAGUUAGGUUGUAAGCGACUUCACAGACUUACAAUGCACUCUCACAGUGUCGAGUCUGCCCAAAAGGGAAAUUCGGUAACGUUGUGUCUACCUACUGUACGUAACCAAACCAAUACUCGCAGUGAAUUCUCAUUCUCCGAAGCUACGCUGGGCUUAGAUUCACGAGGUGACAAUCGCAAACGAAGACGGUCAGAAACAGAAGCGGUGGUAAUAGGCCCCGAGAGAGAGCAAUUUGUGCUCGAUUCCUGUACCAGCAUCCGGAGAGCAGAUUUGUCCAUAGUGAAGCGUCAAAUAGGUAGGCCGAGAAAGGUAGAUACCAGGGCUUUAAAUCAUCAAGCAAUGGCAGACACUAAAUCUCACCAAGUAUAUUCAAACCCCUCACCAGAGGUUCAUCUAGACCAGCAACUUGAUGCAGCCGUAGCGAACGACAUCCAGAAAAUGAAUCCGAAGCUUGCACGGAAUUCAAAUACAACCACUCGAGAACAAGAUUUGAUGGCUUCCGCAGAAAAGGUUCAAACCGUCAAGCGUCCAAGGGGUAGACCGAGGAAGGUACUGGACUCUACAGGUAUGAGCCACCAAGCACUUCCAGACAGAAAACAUGACACCGUGUGCUCGCCUCCCACAUUGAAGGUUGCUCUAGAUUUGCAAUCGCACAGAGCAGUACUGGACAGAGAUAAGCAGGGAAUUAAGAUGUCUCCAGAUGCAUCUGAGAAGAGAGAAAUAUUUCCUGCCGUCAGUUUAAGAGAGGAAAAUCCAGCAGGCGAAAUUCAUGUUGUUGAACAAUCGAAAGCGAGUUCCGAUGAGGUAAUCCGGACGACACUAAGCAGUGAAAAUAUGAGGAUGUUUCAACGAUCGGGAACUGAAUGCGGAAAGAGAGCUGCAUUAUCAACAAGCGGAGGAACAUUGAAACUGAAAGAGAAUGAGAAAGUCUGCUCCAAAUUCGAAUCUCCAGUCAUGAGUAAAGGUCCUGCACUACCUUCCACAGGAAAUCCCGAUAUCCACGUCUUAGAAUCAUCCGACCAAAGGAAGGGACUUUCCUCUCAGAGAAACACACUGACGUCCAGCAACACUUCCACGCGGCAGAAUGAAGAGGUAACAAUUGACCACAGUUAUAUCCAUUCAAAUAUUUUGCCCGAUGAUGGGAAAGCCCAUGUCCAUGCACCGAAACUUGUUCACGUUGAUCAGGCAGAUGUUAAAAAUGACUCUCCUCUCGUAGACAAAACUCAUACAAGUGAUUCGUAUGACGAGGGGGACAGACCAAUUAAAAUACUGCAAGUAGAGCCUCCCGACGAUAAGAAUCUGAGUCCAAUCACAAUGAGAGGAUCAGGCCUCGUGUCAUCGGAAGCUAAAGUCCACGACCCUUGCGCAAUCACUCCACUUGUAGAUGCAGAAGAGUUCGAAUCUCCAGUUGCCGCCAGGGCAUACAAACCACGUGAUGGUUCGGAAACGAUAGAAAAAUCUCAGUUGCUCAGAGAUGAUGGACUGGGGUCAUCAAUCUGUACCCCUAACCUGAAUAAAAACAAUCCAUCGGCGAAAGUGGUUGCCAAAGAGAAAAGUCCUUCAUACUCGCUUGAAAGGUUGCCGGAAAAGAAUGCGGGAAACAAAUCGAAGGAAACCCACUUGUUGACGAAAGUAACAGAGAAUUUUGACCUCAAGAACGAGUGCAAAGCGGCUGAGAUGGAGAAAGAUGUUGACCUAUACUAUUCGACCCCUGUAUCAGCUGCUCGAAAACGAAGAAUUGCUGAACAUUCACCACCUGACUUAUCAAGCAGCAGCGGGUCAUCAUGCGGCAUGGCUUACAAAGGCAAAGCAGGUCGAAAACGAAGAACCUUUGCAGAUCGUGACUCAGUCUCCGAAUCUGAAGAUUGGGAGCGAGUUUUUAUGAGUAAUGCGCGAUCCAGAUCUGGGAUGAUUUCAUGCCCGGGAAAUGGAAACAAGAUUAAGAUUGCCGACUCCGUCUCACAUGCCCAUGAUAAGUUGCUACCAAGGGGGGAUCUGCCGAAGUCCAGGAAUCAACCAUCCAAGCGAUCUAAAGGCCCUAAAGUGAAAUUUACUAUUCCUUUGGCAGCUCAGCACAAUGACGGUGAUGGCAUGAAUUGCGUCAGUCGAGGGAAACCCGACCCAAUGUUCAGUUCAGAACUGUUUACCAGUAUGAUGUCUAAAGUUGCGGCCGGAUCCGACUCGGAAAACGAGGAUGAAGAUGGAUUAACUAGGUCGGUUAAGAUGGUCGAAAAGAUGCUGGAGAGUUUUCGGCGCAAGGUGGAGGUGCAAGUCAAGGAGAAGACGAACCAAGUCCUGGAUAACGUGUUGCAGGAUCUCAAGUCGGAAGUAGACUCUUUCAAUUCUCAAGUUCAGCAAGAUUUGGAUGAUUUCGUGAAUAUCUGCACGAGAAAGUUUGAGAAGCUUGAGGCGAAAAGGCAUGCACAUCUAGAGAAGGGAAGGAUAUGGCAAGAAAAGAUCGCUCAAGAGCUCAAAAUUCAUGUUCAAGAAUCGAAGGACCUCUUCUGCGAUGUAAAAAUUACUGAGGCUGAGCUGAAGGCCAUGGCCGAAAAGCGAAGAUCAGGGCAAAAGAGUACAUUAUGUCAGCUGCAAGAAAAAUUCCAACAGAACGUUGAAAAUGCCGGUAAAAAGAUAUGUGCAAUCAAAAAGAACGCCGAACAAUUACAUGGAUUGCGAGACAUCUUGAAGGGUUGGGUGUAGGAGUAUUCCCUUACAAACGGGCACAAGAUUCUUUAGACCAUGUCAGAGUUGGACUCGUCGACAAGAGCUGGUGCAUAGAGGGAAUGGGAUCGGACAGGAAAUCAGACGUUGUGAAAAGUUUCUAAGAGAAAAAAUUGCUGCUCAUAUACAGCCGAUUUUAGAAACAAACAGUAGCUUUUAAGUAUUUCCACAUGUACAGUGCACAAGUACUUUGGUGAACACAUUGCACACCAAAGUCUCAGACAUUAGCAAAACUCAUUGCUCAUGAACAACUGAGCAGUUUUUGAGCAAUUUUUGAAUUCCUGUUCAUCAAGCCCACAAUUACUUCCUCUCUGAGGAUCUCAGUGUUAGAAUAUUCAGUCAAUGAAAUCUGGUUAGGUCUUCGUCAUAA